ACCCACCUUCGAUCUUAACAAACCGUAAUUACAAGAACCAGCUUAAUCGAUUCUUCUGAGUUCUUCCUCUAGUCAGAUAAUCAUCAUGAAGAUUAUGCAAAUAAUCUUCAUGGUAACCAUCACCAUCACCAUCAGUAUCGCCGUCACCACCCUCACCUUCAGCUCCACCGCCACCACCAACACACCAUCUCCGGUGACCAUAAGGCCCUUUCCUACACGUCCCCGGAGCCGUUUCCUUGCUGAGAAAGAGCCCAACCCUAGAGCUGCAGAUCACUGUAACAAAGACGACGAGAUUUGUUACGUCUUGGAAGGAAAAAACUCAACAUGCUGCAAUAACAAGUGCAUGGAUUUGAGCGAGGAUAAGCGUAACUGUGGAGCCUGCAAGAAAAAGUGCAAGUUUACAAGCUCGUGUUGCAAUGGAGAGUGCGUAAACUUGGCGUAUGACAAGAGGCAUUGUGGAUCGUGUGGCACUAAGUGCUCGCCAGGUGGUUACUGCAUAUAUGGUCUCUGCAACUACGCCUAAAGGACGAUGUAACUAUUAUUCGAUAUUGAUCUUGAUUUGAUCGUUAAUUAUUCGUGCAUAUAUGCUAUCAAUAAUGGCUGUGUUUGUCAUGGUCAACACGAAAAAAAUUGUUGUUAAUUUAUAUUUAUACAGUUAUACUAUACUUAUGGUCUGAAAUUGUCUCGUUUUUAAGGUUUGCCAAACACUGUAUUAAUGAUUUUAUUGUGAAUUCAUUAUUCAAGAGCUUGGGCUAA